AUGGGAUCUGCUUCACCUCCUACUCCUUUCACCCCCCUUGGAGAGACGUCUCUUUUCAAGCCCCUGGACUUGGGAAAAUGGCACUUGCAGCAUCGCAUCGUCCAGGCACCUCUCACACGCAUGAGGAAUGACUUCUCGUCCCGAGGAGUUUACAUCCCAGGUCCCAGAGUCGUCAAGUACUACUCAGACCGUUCAACCCCCGGCGGCCUUCAACUCACCGAGGCAACGGACAUUUGCCUGGAUGCCAGCGCAUAUCCAGGGUGCCCUGGAGUCUUCACCCCUGAGCAGCUCGAAGGGUGGCGCAACGUCACUGAUGCCGUGCACGCCAAGGGGGGCCUCAUCUUGAGCCAGCUAUGGCACACGGGGCGGGCCUCGUCGCCCGGCAUGCGAGGAGGCAACCAGUGUGUGUCAUCGAGUGACAUCCCCAUGUCGGGAUCAUACCUUGACGGAAGCUCGUGUGCUGAAAACCCGCCCCGGCCUUUGACGGUGGACGAGAUCCACACAUUGACUGCCGAAUGGGCGGCAGCUGCAAAGAGGGCUGUCAAUGAGGCUGGCUUCGAUGGUGUCGAAAUUCAUGGCGCAAAUGGAUAUCUCCUGGACCAAUUCCUGCACGACAAUGUCAACAAGAGGACAGAUGAGUAUGGAGGCUCCAUUGAGAACCGUUCGACGUUCGUGCUGGAAGUCAUUCAAGCAGUCUGUGAGGCAGUUGGGGCGGAGCGGGUCGGCAUUCGUCUUUCGCCUUACAACUACUUCCAAGACACCCGAGACAGUGAUCCCAACGCACAUUGGUCGUAUCUGUGUGAGAAGAUCGCUGGCCUUCCCACCACUCAGCGACCUGCUUAUAUUCACAUGGUUGAACCUCGUUUCGACGAGGUUCUCGACGAGCAGCAGAAGAUGGAGUCUCUCGCCGAGUACACCGCCAGCACUGGAUCGGAGGCAGCCCCCAUCAAGAAGAACUCUUUGACUCCAUUCCGGAACAUUCUGAAGUCUGGUGGUAUUCAUUUCUUCGCCGCAGGAAGCUUCAACCGUGAAAACGCCGCGCCGAAGGUGGAGAGCGACAGCGCUGAUCUGAUCGUGUUCGGUCGACACUUUAUCGCGAAUCCGGAUCUGGUUAAGCGGUUGCGAAGUGGACUCCCGUUGAACCCAUACGAUAGGACAACGUUCUAUGGGGCCGAUCCACCUGAAAGAGGCUACACUGACUACCCAUUUUACGAGGAGCUCAAGAACUAG